AGUGACCUUUGAGGAUGUUAAUGUGGAGUUCACCAUGGAAGAGUGGGCUUUCCUGGAUUCGACCCAGAAGAAACUCUACACAGAUGUGAUGCUGGAAACCUUCUGGAACCUGGCAUCAAUAGCAUGUAUUUUAGAAGAAAAAUGUGAAGACCAUGAUAGUGAAGAUCAGUAUGAAAAUCAUGGGAUGAAUCAUAGCAGUCAUACAAUAGAGAGACUCUGUACAAGGAACGAUGGUAGAGAAUCCAGAGAAAACUUCAGCCAGAUUCCAAAUCAUAAUGAAAAGAAGGAAACUCCUACUAAAGUAAAACAACCUAAAGCCACGUUGUGUAGGCAAAUCUUCAUGCAUUAUUUAUCCUUGAAUAACCACCUGAGCUCUCACAUUGCACCCAAACUAUACCUGUGUCAGGAAUACGAAGAAAACCCUUAUAAAUGUAAGGAUCCUGAGGAAGCUUUCAAGCAUCACCAACAUAUUCGAAGACAUGAAGGCAGUCCCAGUGGGAAAGCUUUCCACUAUUCAACUUCCCUUAGAAAUCAUGAAAGAAUGCAUAUUUGUGGGAAACUGUAUGGGUGUGGGAAAGGCACUAGUCGUCUCAUUUACUCUAAAAUUUACAAAAAUACUCAUAGUGGAGAGGAACCAUAUCAAAGUAAGCAAUGUAGCAAAGCUUUCAGGUCUCCCAAGUACUCUGGAGAAAAUGAAAGAACACAUGCAGCAGAAAAGUCCUGUCAGUGUAAGAAAUCUGGUAAAGCUUUCAGUUCCACUUCUCUUAGAAAUCAUGAAAGAACAUAUACUGGUGAGAAACCUUAUGAAUGUAAGCAAUGUGGGAAAGAUUUCUCUCGUCGAGCUUCCCUCCAACGUCAUGAAAGAAUUCAUACUGGGGAAAAGCCCUAUAAAUGUCAGCAUUGUGGCAGAGCUUUCUGUGAUCUAGAUGCCCUCCAACGUCAUGAAAGCAUUCAUACUGGGGGAAAACCCUAUAAAUGUGAGCAUUGUGAUAAGGAUUUAUCUAAUCAAACUUCCCUCCGACGUCAUGAAAGCAUUCAUACUGGGGAAAAACCCUAUAAAUGUGAGCAUUGUGGCAAAGCUUUCUGUGAUCGAGGUGCCCUCUAUCGUCAUGAAAGAACUCAUACUGGGAUAAAACCCUAUGAAUGUAAGCAUUGUGGCAAAGGUUUCGAUUAUCCAUCUUCUCUCCAAGAUCAUGAAAUAAUUCAUACUGGGGUAAAACCCUAUGAAUGUAAGCAUUGUGGAAAAGCCUUCAGUUAUCUACAGUCCUGUCGAAGGCAUGAAAGAACACACACUGGAAAAAAGCCCCAUGUAUGCCAGCAAUGUGGUAAGGCUUUCAGUCUUUCCAUGUAUCUUAGAAUUCAUGAAAGAAUUCAUACUGGGGAAAAACCCUAUGAAUGUAACCAUUGUGGUAAAGCUUUCUCUGAUCCAAGUUCCCUCCGACGUCAUAAAAGAACUCAUAAUAAGGAAAAAUCCUAUUAAUGUAAGCAAUGGGGGAAAUCCUUUAUUCAUCCCAGUUCCCUUUGAAUUCACAAAAACAUUCAUAGUGUAAAUAAAUCAUAAGGAAAGAACUCACACUGAAAAUAAGCCCUAUCAUUGUAAAGGUUGUAGAAAAGCCUUUGAGUAUGCUAGUUCUUUUUUUUUAUCCUCAACCUGAGGAUAUUUUUCCAUUGAGAGAGUGGAAGUCAGAGAGAAAGGCAGAGAACAAUAUUGAUGUGAGAGAAACACAUCAAUUCAUUGCCUCCUGCACGUGCCCAGAUAUUAAAGCACACAUAGUGGAGAAAAGCUCUAUUAAUGUAAGGAAUGUGGUAAAGCUUUCAUUUUACCAAGUCUGUUCGGAAGCAUGGAAGAAAGAACACAUACUGGGGGGAAACCUUAUGAAUGUAAGCAAUGUGAAAAAGCCUUCAGUUGUCUCACACAUCUUGGAAGACAUAAAAGAAGUAAUGGAAAGAAGCCUCCUGAGAGGGGUCGGUCCUGGGCGUAGGGUUGUAGGAGGAGGCACUAGGGUGGGGUGGGGUCCCUGACACACUGGCUUCGGCCUUAUUUUCCUGGGUCCCCACUGGGGUGGGCUGCUGAGUGGUGGCUGUGCACGUGCCGGAUUCCAGGGAGGUGCCCAGCCCACAUGCAGUGCACAUCUGCUUCGGAAACAGUGCUUCACCUGAUGUGCACCUGACCUCACAGUCCUGGCUCUGUGUGCAUCUUGGACGCCCGGCCAUUGGUCUCUGCUCUAUCCUACUGGGGCACCUGGGGCAAAACUGCUCUCUUUGCAGGUCCUCUGCCUUGGCUCUGAAGGUCUGUGGGACUUGGAGCGGCUGCAACAAGCAGGCCAGCCGCCCGAAUCCCAUGGGCAGACCUGUGGCUCUCAUCCCCAGGAAACUGACUUUGGAGAAGAACAAUGGGGUGUUUUGAAUAUAGGCACACAUGUUAGGAAUGCAAGGAUUUUUGAGUCUUCUUUCUUAUAUGGAUUCAAAGCAGAUUACUGGAAUACAGUGCCUUACUUUACAGUGUACAGAGUGAUGGCAUAAUUGCAAAAAAUAUUUUCUUAAGUAUAUUACAACAUUUUUAGUGGAAACAUUUUUGCCUAAGAUUAACUGAGUUACCCUACUGGCACAAAAUAAAAUGAGUGACCUUGAAAAAUGCAAAGUUGAGAGACAUUAAAGCACUAGUUUGGAUUAGUAAAUAGAAAUAUUACUAUGAUCUUAUCACUGAAUGAGGUCCAUCAGGCAAGACACGAAACAUUUCUAGCCCUAUAAGAGAUUAGAUGGUAAAUAGUUACCGUUGUUAAAUUAAUCUUGAAUAAGUAAUGACCAAACAAUUCCUAAUAAGACUAAAAAUUCCUCUUUUUUUACCUGGAAGUAGAUUUGAGACUCAUAUUUAAAGACAAUUUGGCCCUGGCCAGUUUGGCUCAGUGGAUAGAGCAUUGGCCUGGGGACGGAGGGUACCAGGUUUAAUUCCUUUCAAGGGCACAUGCCCGGGUAGCAGGCUCCAGUAGGGGGCUAGUAGGAGGCAGC